AUGUCGAUGAGGAGUCUGCUGGUGCUCGCUCUGGUGGUCGCGGCCGCGGCGUGCCUCGCGGCGCCGCGCGGCGCGCACGGGGCCGGCGAGUGCGGGAAGACGCCGGCGGACAAGAUGGCGCUCAAGCUGGCGCCGUGCGCGUCGGCGGGGCAGGACCCCAAGUCGGCGCCGUCCAGCGGGUGCUGCGCGGCGGUGCACACCAUCGGCAAGCAGAGCCCCAAGUGCCUCUGCGCCGUCAUGCUCUCCGACACCGCCAAGAGCGCCGGCAUCAAGCCGGAGGCCGCCAUGUCCAUCCCCAAGCGCUGCAACCUCGUCGACCGCCCGGUCGGCUACAAGUGCGGAGCUUACACUCUGCCCUGA